AUGCUUAAUAACUUGAGAGAUAGUUAGUAAAACAAUUACUAAAGUUAACUCGAAAAUUCAUUAAGCAAUUAAGUUUAAUAAGCCUUCUAAUCAACUGUUUAGUUUCGAGUAAUCUCUUUUCUGCUUUAUUUCUUAAUGGUAGUGAUUGUGAUAACUCUGCUUAUUUCUAUUGUUGUCGCCAAUAAAUAUAGACAAUCCUAAUAAUUACUUUUAGUGGGAAUUUUGAUGAUUCCUUUGUUAGUUGUUCUCUUUGGAUGCACAUUGUACGUCCAACUUUAAUUUUCUGAUGCAAAGGAAAGGCUGAAAAAAGUACCCCAAGAGAGGUAUUUGAAUAGAUGGAUGUACUAGUCAUCAAUUAAAUUCUUCUUUUUCUAUACAAACUAAUCUUAGUUUACUGCAAUUAGAUUGACAUACUUAUAUAUUGUGUUUGCUAUCUUUAUACUCAUUCGCAACGUGACAAAUUUAUCAAAGGAUGAAUACAGUGAAGAUGAAGAUUAUAAGGAUCUAGAUGAAACAAAUAACGAUGAUAGAAUUAAUUACUAAACUAAACCAUAAAUUAGAGGAAACUUAUUACUCGCUUUAAUUAUCUUUUGUUCAUUCUUGGCUUCCCUUUUCUUUAUUUACGAAGCCUUGAAAAUCGUAUUGACAAUCUAUUUGAGAUGCAGAAACAGUUCAGUACUUCGUUAUUAAUACACUGAUGUCAAUCUAAAUGUUCUGAGAGUUAUCAGAUGGAGUAAAGCAUUUUGUGGGCUCUUUCUUGUGAACCAUAUUGGAAAAAUGAUGAUCUUGUGCACUAUAUUUAUUACUCCCAAUUCUUCCUCAUAUGUCCUAAUAGGAUCUAAUAUCUAUUACCACUUCUUUAUGGCAACUCUAGUCAAUGCCUUAUUCAAUGAGAUCUCUGCAAUCCAAAGACCUCCUUAGAAUGACAGUUCCCUAUUCAUCAACCAUCAAGUGUUAAUAGAUUCAAAAUUAAGAAGUAUGCAAACCAAGAAAGCAUUUUAAAUCCUAUUAAUCACAUCCUUCAUUUUUACAAUCGUGGGGACAUGCUUAUUUAGAAUUUAAAUAUAUACAUUUAGUGGGAUCCUCAAUUUUGACAUUUUCAUAUUCUAUGAUUGUUCCAUAACUUAAUUAAUAUUGUUAGGUUUGGCUAUUCUGAAAUACUUGGUCAUUCCCUAAUUCAAUAGAGAAAAUGUCCAUAUUGUACAAUAACAAUAGGCUUAGGGUAUUGAAGAUCAGUAAUUGCAAACGAUUGAGAAUUAACAAAUACGAUUGUCCACAGAGUAGGCUUAAUUGGAUAUGAUUCUUAGAUCGUAGAAUGAUGAGAUCUAUGAGAAUUCAAGAAAUAAGCUUCCAUUCAAGAAAGUUAAAAAUAUUGAUUGCAUCAUUUAAAAUGAAAAUGAGAAAUCAGAUUGCAUCAUUUGUUUGCAACCAAUGGUACUUAGUUCAGAUGAUCCUCUACUGUAAUUAAAUUGCCAUAACACUCACAUCUUUCAUAAGAAAUGUAUUACAGAUUGGCUUGUCUAAAAUAAAAAAUGUCCAUUAUGUAAUACUCAAAUUUUAUGACAUAAUAAUUAUUAUUUUUAUAUUAUUUUCAAAUUAGAAUCAAUCCUAUAGCCA